AUGGCCACCAAUACAACUGCAGAAACUCAUGAAUCUGGUUCCUACAAUCCUUACAAGUUUUAUAACCAUGUUCUUGAUGCACUUCAGAUCCAAGCUAAUAUCAGUCCGAAACGUACGUAUGAACUAGUACAAGAAAGAAUUUCUUGUCGAGAAAAACAAGCAGCUGAUACUUUACCCAGAAAUAUCAAUGAAGAAAAUGAAAUCAUUGAGAGAAAACCUCGUCUAUGUAACACCAGCCACGCAACUGUUACCGAGAAUGAGAUCGACAUUUUAGGUUUACUUGCUAAGACAAGACUGUGUAUAAUAUAUGUGACAAAACAUAAUGAGAUUACAUCAUCUAUUCGUGUUCAAUAUUAUGGUAAUGAUUAUAAAGAAUCGAUUUAUAUGGUUUAUGAUGAAACACAACAACAAUAUUAUUCACUAUGUUUAUAUAAUAAAACAGAUCCAAGUGGAGAAAAAAUAACUAUUUUCCCUUGUUAUGAUAAGACAAUCAAUAUUCUUUUACGAAAAUAUUUUAUUAGUAAUUUUAAUUACUAUGACGAUGUACAAUUGGAUGAUGAAGACCAUACUGUAGUCAAUGAACUAUUACACCAAGAACAACUUGAAUUUGAUAGUAUAUCUCGUAGGAUCGGUAUGGAUAUUGAAAUGAACAUAAUGGAAGAGCCGAGAAUAACAAAUAAUGGCGAAUAUCCAACAAUGUCUGCUACUACAACGAUAACAGAUAAUCCAAUUUCAUCAAAUGUGACCAACAAUAUAUCUGAAACAACGUAUACUCUCGAUCGUAAAGAAGUUCCUCCUGGUCGCUCAUGUUUAUAUUCGUCUUUUCUCUAUGCAAUGCCAUUAUCGUUGACCGUACAAGAGUUACGUAAGGAAGUGGCUGCUUAUAUUUUUUGUCAUAUGACUACUGAUGAUAGUAAAUUACUACAUGGCACCAAGUAUAAAAAUCGGGAAGAAUAUUGUAAUGGAAUUAGAAAUCAUGAUUUGGGUAGUGGACCUGAAUUCCGAGCUUUAUCCCAAAUACAUCAUAUAAUGAUUAAAGUUAUUAUGUUGAGAAAAGAUCAGCAACAGAAUUCAUCUGUAGAUAUGAUAAAUUUUGGUAAAGAUGAUAAAUCAUGUACCAAAUGUAUUUACAUUAUUUAUGACGAAGCGAUUCCUCAUUAUGACCCAUUAUCCCUAUGUAGUAACGUGAACAAUUUACAACAUGAAAGAACUACUUUCGAUCUUGAUGAUCCCCACGUAUAUAUUCUUUUGCCUGAUUUUAUUGCAAAUCAGAUCGAUUUUAUAGCCAAUCGUCUUAGUAAAGUGAUGACUCGCACAAAUCAUAUGUCUGAUGAAUCUGUUCAUAUAUCACAACCAAUCAUUGCGAAGACUAAUUCAUCUGAUACAAACGAACAAUAUGCGGCAGAUUUGGAAUAUGAUAAUUCUGACAGUGAAAAAUAUAGUUAUGCAAUGGAUUCAUCAUCUCAUGUUGAACAUGAAUCCGAUGAUUUAUCUGAAAUGAUCACGGAACCUUUUAUUGAAAAUAACCCAACGAAGCAAAACAUGAAGACACAUAAAGUAUCAGAAAACACUCGGUCAUGUACAUCUUCUGAUCCUAUUUCUCCAAAUGACCGAAUCUCAACAUUUCAUGGAGAAAAUGAUACAUCAGAUGAUAUUGAUAAAUUGUUAAAAACAGAUAUGUUUGCUCCUUAUGAUCUUAUGUAUAGUUCUAAUAUGACGAAAGAAGAACAACAACAAAUAGAAGAUCUGUCGACUCCUUUAUUAACGAAUGCAAGUAUUGCUGAUGAUGAUGAACAAAUGAGAUUUGAAACUGACCCUAGACAACUAUUUCGUGAUCGCGCAUUAAGUGAUUACAUUCCAAAGAGUGAAACCAAAAGUGAUGGUGCAGACGCAACAAAAAGAAAGUCUUGCUAUUUUUCAAUAUAUUGA